AUGGAGCAGCAGUCUCAAGAGGGACUGCCAACGAAGCAGCCAACGCAGCAGAAUCUGGUGUCCGUAAAGAGGGAGGGUGAGGGGGGCACCGUCCGAAUCGCCACGCAGCCUACGGGCCCGGAUCUCAAUGUCAGCAUCAACAUGAACCCGAGUCCCACUUUGGACGACCCACCUCCGAGGACUCCUGCUGGGGAGGGUCCGAAUGAGGAGCGUCCGAAAGGUCCCAUGCGGCCGAACGAGAGACAGCCUCCUGCUUGGGAGGAGCGUCCGAAAGGUCCCAUGCGGCCGAUCGAGAGGCAACCCAGUCGCGCCGAGUCCAGCACCCCAGACCUCGCCCCCGGAAGGGCUUGGGGACGAGCCCCGAGUGAGCACGGCUCCGAGGGGGAGCACGUCCGAAGGAGACCACCCCACUACCCCGACCUGCUCGGGAUCGAUGAUCUGGCCAAUCCCCAGAAGCAACGUACGGGCGGUUUUCCACCGGCGAGGUCUCCUUCUCCCAGAGACAGAGGGUCCAUGUUCGCGUCGGACAGCGAGACCGCGAGCCUGGUCUCCGUCCCGAGAUCACGAAAGAUCCAUCGUCGAUCUAGGACUCCGACUCCAGCACUAAAACCCUCCCCUGGCUACGCUACCCUCAAGGAGGAGAAGCUACACAUCCUACUCGCUCUCCGUAGGAUGAAGGAGGACGGUGUGAAGGGGAUCACGGCCUUUGACAUGGACAGUGAUCUGGAGGAGAUGAGGAUCGAGUUGAAAGCUUUCCAGCAAGACGAGACCAUAAAGAACGGCAUCCAGUUCUGUAGAUCGACUCUGGUGACCUUCGCGGCGGGCUUGGAGAUAGCCAACGCAAAAUUCAACCCUUUCGACCUGGACAUGCAGGGAUUCAGCGAGUCUCUCUUCGAGCGCAUAGAGAGAUACGACGGCGUCUUCGAACGUCUCACCAGAAAGUACAGCAAGAAGGCCUCGGCCGUGUCACCAGAGAUGCAACUGCUCACCAUGUUCGUCGGCAAUGCAUUUACGUUCUGCUUCACAAAGGCGAUGAUGAAAGCCGUGACUCCCUCGAUGACGAAGAUCGCGGAGGAGAACCCAGAAAUGGUUCAGAAGAUGAUGGAGGGAAUCAUGAAGGAACAGAUGGCGAAGGGCGUCAAUCCUUCCUUCGUGCAACAGCAGCAACCACCCGCAAACGGAUUCAGCAACCUGAUGGACCCUCCUAUGACCACGCGCGGUGAAUUCGUCCCGACGCAGAGGGUGGACAUUGCAGAACCGAAAACGAAGAAGCGAGUCAAGAGACCUCGUUCGGAGACGAGCGAAGAGAGCAGCGAGAGCACAGGGUCCGAGUACACGACGACGACUUCCGAGGGGACUUCCGCGUCCGAGUCUACGAAGAAGAGCGCCCCCAAGAAGAAGAAGGCAAAGGGCGUCGACGGGAGCGAGACCGGUAGCUUGAGCGUGUCCUCUAUAGAUCUAUCAGGAGGUAACAGCAGCUUUUCCGUUACCGUGCCGAAGAAGCGCCCGGCUCCUGCACCGGCUGGCGUCCGAACCACGGUGAGGAAAGUCGCCCCUGGACGUCAAGCAGGGGGAACGAAGGUGGCCAAGCUGGAAGUCGAGAUCAAGUAG